UUUGAACCCUCCCCUCCCUGAAGAGACUCGGACUGGCAAAACUGGUCUCAUAGGAGCCAUCUUAUCACUUAAGCCAUUGUUCAUAUGCUGCACAUGUUCUGUAAGGGUGUCAGCAAUUCCAGGGUUUAUCAAACACGUGCAUGAAACAAACACAAUCGGUGGCCACUGUGUUUAAAAAAAAAAAAAAAAGAAGUGCCAUUAAUUGUAAAAUUCAUAUUUUGUUUCAUUUGCUUGUUCUGUACUAUUUGGCAAAUCAAACAAUUGGGUUCAGGCUGAAUGAGCAUGUGAAAUAGGGUUAUAAGCUCCCUUUUGAAGCAAGUGAUACAGUGGUAGUUAAACACAGUGUGUAAUAACCGAACCCUUGAGGUGUGAGAGUGAGAAACAACCGACACUGAUGUGGGAUGACCGACUUUAAAGAGCAUCUCUGCUGGGCACAGCUUGCCGGUUCCUCCCCCAGAUGUGUCCAGUUUGGCAAACCGCUCUGUCACCCCCCUCCCCCCUCCUCUUUCAGCACAGGCUGGGGGUGUGUUUGUUUCAGAUCUCCCCUAACUCCCUCUCUCAGCCCACGGAGAUGUAGUUUGGCCUAACCUGUGACUGCUCCCUGUUCACCGACCCCCUCCUACCUCAUCCAUUGCACUUAUCCAUGUAUGAAGCGGCUCACCAAGUAAUGGCAGAUUUUUUUCUUUUUAACUGCAUUUUCAGCAAAAGGAAUAUAUAAUUUUGGGAAUUGUAAAAUCUACCUUUCUGUUUUAUUCUUUUUUUUCCGUUUUUGUUCUACGAUCUGUAACAUUUUUCAGCUGAUGUAUUGCCAGCACCCCCCUCUAUAAAAGUGGGCAUCCAGACCCAAGGCGUGAGUCUCUCUCUGCUCGCUUGUGUCCCCCCGUCCUCCUGACUGCUGCCUCUCUCCAUAUGUCGUGAGCGGGUGUUCCUGUGUUCUGUCUCCCUCCCCAUCGACUCCACUAGCUCGCGGAUGUCCACUUGCACUUCAAAGGCAAUGUCCAGUCUGCACAGGGACUGCCUUUAUCAGUAAACACCUGUAUAUUAGAAGAGACUGAAGGAGCUAAAGCAGAGGGAGUUUGCCCGCAACGUGUCCUCACGGUCACGCCGGGACGAAAGGAAGCAGGAGAAGAUGCUGCGUCGACUGCAUGAGCUGGCCGAGCAGAGAAAGCAGCAGGACUGUGCCCUUGGGAGCGGCCCCAUGUUCAAGCCCACCACCGUGGCUGUGGAUGGUGAGGCAGGGGAAGAGGGCCCCUCAGAAAGUCUGUCUGCUGAAGAUCUGUCUACAGAGGGGCCCCCGGCCCCAGACAAGGUGCUUGCCAACCAUGAGGCGCCCUCACCCAAGUCAGUGGCUGUAGCUGGCUUCUCUGUGAACUGUAGCGGAUCCUCACCCUCCUCUGCUGCCACCCCAAUGCCCAAGGUCAGCGUGUCAUUCUCCUUCGCCAAGAAAACCCCGGUCAAACUGGAGACCGCAGCCGCGGUGUUCACGGACCAUGGGGAGGAGGCUCUGGCAGAGGAGGGCCAGGAGGGGGAGGAGGCAUCGGGGACACCAAGGGUGACCAGUGUAGAAAGCCCCAGUAUGGAGGAGGAGGAGCAACAGCAGCAGCAGCAGGUGGAUGAAGGGAGCUCCUUGGCCUCCACCCUCUCAAAAUUGAAGAUGAUGAUGAAGAAGGAGGAGAGCUUCUCGGGCCAGGAGCCCCAGUACUAUCACUAUGUGCCGCCAGCUCACUGUCGCGUGAAGCCAAAUUUCCAAUUCCUCAUUUUCAUGAAGGCCUCAGACCAGACUGGGAACCAAGAGGAAGAAGAAGAAGAGGAGGAGCAGGUGGCAGGCAGCCCCGCUCAGAAGCAGAGUGAUGAUGACAAAGACAAAGAAGAGCCAGAUGCUCCACCCGAGUUGCCGGUCUUGGAAUCUACCACUGCUGAAACCCCCCAAGUGAAGACUGAGCAGGAAGGUGCUGAGAAGGAGCCCCCAGAGAGCAGCCAAGGUAUAGGUGAGCCCCAUGUGGGACCCCACCUCCCCACGGGCCCCUUUUUCCCUGUCCUCAGCAAGGAUGAGAGCACCACCCUGCAGUGGCCCUCAGAGCUUUUGGAGUUCACGCGUGCCCAGCCGUCAUUGUCCUAUAGUUGUAACCCACUCUACUUUGACUUCAAGCUCUCACGUAACAAGGGAGCCCGUGCCGGGAAACAGUCCAGCACUGCUGUAUCUGACGGCAAGUUGGAGCCGGCUGAGGGGCCCGGGCACACGCCGGCCCCAGGUUCCGGCACAGACAAGGGGGAUGGGAGGGAUGGAGGAGAGGACAACCAGAAGCUUCAGCACAGCAGCAGCAAGAAGAAGAAGAAGAAGCACAAGAAGUCUGGCAAGCGCCUGAGGCGAAAAGACCGGGAUAAAGGGGCGGGAGAUGGAGAUGAGGGGGAGGCUGUGGGGGAGAAAGGGAAGAAGAAGAAAAAGAAGAAAAAGAAGCACAAACGAAAGAAAAGCAAGAACAGGGUGUCCGAAGAGGAGAAGGGCAAGGAUGAGGAGGGGAAUGUGGAGACCUCCGAGGCCGGUAAAAGGAAGCGGCCAAUGAAGGAGAAGCUUGGGAAGCAAGAGGAGGAGGUGGGGAGAGGCCCGGAGAAGCCCGGGACCUCGGAGGAGCAUAACAGCGCCAAGCGGCAUAAAGCCGAGCCCAGGCCUGUGGAGCCCCUGAGCGGCUCGGCAUCCUGCCCGGCACAGAAGCGGAGCGGCAAGCGGGGCAGCAGUGAAAGUGAGGACGGCGGCUCCUCCCACCGGUCCCACCGACACAAUUCCACAUCACGGCAGCGGCACUACAGCGAGGACUCCGAGCGUUCCCGCAGCCGGUCGUCACGGCGGCGCAGUCAGCAACAGCGGCGGCGCCGGGGCAGAGCACGCUCAUCCCGCAGCCGCUCUUACUCUAGCAGCUCACAGUCGUCCUCCGGGGGCAGCAGCCGCUACAGCCGGCGCAGCCAUAGCUACAGUGACAGCUACAGUGACUACAGCGCCUACAGCGAGGACAGCCGGCACUCUAAGCGUUCCUCUGAUUCGGAAUAUGGCCCCCGGAGGUCCCGGCACCGCCGCCGUUGCUACUCCUCGUCGUCCUCGGAAGCAGAAUCCAGCCGCUCGCGCAGCGGCAGCAGCCGGCCAAGGCGCCGGCGACGCAGCAGCUCCCGCAGCUCCGGCGGCAGCAGCAGCGCCCCCUCCUGGAGGCGCGGCAGCUACAGCCGCAGCCGCAGCUCCGUCAGCCGCUCCUCCAGCUCCAAGGGCUCCCCCUCCCGCCGCCAGCAUGGCCGUGCCAGUUCCAACCACCGCCGCGACUUCAACCGCUCCCGCAUCUACCGCUCACAGUCUCCACGUUCCUCCUCCCGAGGUGUCCCCCGCAAGGAUUCGUCCUGGAAUACCAGCUCUUCUGUGGGCCACCCCCGAGGGGGUGGGGGCAGUGGCACCAGCCGCACCACCAUCGACAGGGGAGGUUCGGGGGAGCGUAACUCCCUGACGGCCAGGCAGUUGCUGGAGAAGGUUCAGUCACGCAAGGGUCCGGAGGAGAGCAGCACGGGAGCCAAGGCAGGGAUCAAACCUAAGGACCCUCCCCAGGGCUACUUCGGGCCGAAGCUGCCCCCCUCCCUUGGGAAUAAGGCUAUGCUGCCUCUGUUUGGGAAGCUCCCAGCAGGCAGGAAGCCCAUGCCGUCACUGCGGCGCCCAGAGGAGGUGGAGAAGGCAGUGUCCGGCGAGAGCACAGACACUGGGGCCGAAGUGAUCCUGGUGGAGCCCAUUCGGGAAUUCCCACCACCCCCUCCGCCCCCUCCGCCCCAACAACUGGAGGAAAGUCCAAAGGCUGGGGUAAUUCAGGACCCCAUGGGGCUGCCCCCUGGUGAGGCCCAGGUUCUUCCAGAAUCCAGCUUGUACGAGACAGAGCCGGGCAUGCUGGUUCAGACAUACCCGACCGAGCCAGGACAAGAAGCCCCCACCCUGGGACUGGAGCCCCUCCUGCCUGACAUGCAGCAGCAGCAGCCCCAACAGCAGCAGCAACAAACACAGCCCCUGCACUCCUAUCCCGGGUAUGGCCCCCUUGGUAUGGAAGAAGAAGACCUGGGCAUGGAGACGGAGGAGGACUCCUCCCUGGCUCCCCUGGAGAGCCAGCCCAUCACCUUCACCCCAGAGGAGAUGGAGAAGUACAGUAAGCUGCAGCAGGCAGCCCAGCAGCACAUCCAGCAGCAGCUGCUGGCCAAGCAGGUCAAGAGCUUCCCGUCGGCAGCGGCUGCGGCGGCAGCAGCCGCACAUGCCGUCAGCCUGGCCCCCGCGCCCCCUCCCCCGGCCCUGCAGCAGAUUCACAUCCAGCAGCCGGCAGCCUCCCCCUCAGCCACGUCCAUCACCACCGUGCAGCACGCCAUCCUGCAGCACCAUGCCGCCACGGCAGCUGCCAUCGGCAUCCAUCCCCAUGCUCAGCACCCCCAUCCGCACCAGCUGGCUCAGGUGCACCAUAUCCCUCAGCAUCACCUCACCCCCAUCUCCUUGUCCCCCCUUGGUCCGACUCUAGGCCACUCUCUGGGCCACUCCCUGAUCCCCGCCCACCCCACUGCCUUCCUCUCCGGACAGCCUAUCCACAUUAUACCUGCCUCUGCCCUACAUCCAACCCCAUUGGCUUUGCAUCAUGUCCCACACGCGGCUCUCUACCCCACGCUCUUUGCACCCCGCCCAACCGCGGCUGCUGCCGCCGCAGCCCUGCACUUACACCCCCUUCUGCACCCCAUCUUCUCUGGGCAGGACCUCCAACACCCUCCAAAUCAUGGCUCUUGAGGGCAAGCUGUCACACAGGGUUGCCCGGGGCAGGAGUAGAGUUCGCACUGGUGGCCAUACCCACACCGGCCUCUUUAUUUUCCCAGCCUGAUGGCCAUGUGGCCAACGAAGAAGAGGCCACAGUUGCCUGAGAGCCUAAAAGCAACACUGGUCGUCCUUGGGGAUGUGAAACCAGUCUGCUCUCUUGGAUGGGACCUAUGGUAGUGUGGUCUGCUGCGUUGUGAUGGUGAGGGGGGGGGGGGGUUCAAACUUCUACAUCUCCAGAUUCUGAGCGGGACCUGGAAUCUGGAUCUUCACUGAGGCAGAAGAACAGAGGAAUGGAUUUGCUGGAGUUUUGGGUGCAGGCACAAUUAGAGAAAUUUGCAGACUUUGUAGAAAACUAGAACACUGGAGUAUUUUUAUUAUUGUUGCUGUUGUUGUUCCUGUUGUUGUAGUUGAGAUUAAUGUAUCAAGUUUGUUUCCAGCAGCCAAAGAGAUGCAAUGGCUGAAGCCAUAGAUUGGAUUUGGGAUGCAGUAUGUGAAGAAGGUAACAAAUAAGGACCUUACAAAAUACCUGACCUAAAAAUAACCAGCAAGUUAAUCCUAAGGGGUCCUUAUGGAAAUAAUAAAUAAUAAAUGAUAUUCUCUAGCUAACUUUGCUGUUAUCAGGAUAUGGCCGUACAAUGGUCUUGUCAUGUUUGCUUCAUCCUUUUUGUAGUUGUGAAAAUGACGUAAGACACUUGAGUGGAUGUUACAUCCCAUUUAUAUUAACGUGUCUUUGAGCCUACAUCUGGUCAAAAUGAAUAGUGGUUUACAAGUUCUGAUUUCAUCUAUCAUAUUUGUCAGUAAAUGUACAAAUAUUGCUAACUUAUUAACUCUUUGUAAUAACUUUCAACUGGCUGUGUGGAAUACACCGCAGAAUAUGAACUGAUGACAAGGGCUCUCUGAGUUUAAUUCCCCAAAGCACAGUAUCGCCCUAAAAUCCACCUUGGGUAAUAAACUGCCCUUCCAUGUACACAGAAACACAUACACACUCACAUGGAUUAAAAGGUCAUACUCAUUGUGAAACAUUGAUUGCACUGAAACAGUACCGUGCUGCUUUUGUAGCAUGUAACUUAUGAUUGUAAGGUACUGCAGUUUUUUUUUUUACAUGAAUGGUUUUUCAGCUGGAUCUUCGGCGUGUAAGCAGCAUGAUUUUUUUCCCUCUGUAAAUAUGGAUGCUGUCAUAUAGAUGGCUUGAAGAGUUUUUGGGUUGCCCCCUACACCUAAUGAAAUCUAAUAUACAAAGACUGUGAGACAAAAUUAAAGUACUAAGCAUGUGUAUUUUAGCAAAA